GUUCAGCCCAAUUAAAGCCCAAGUCCAAAAUCGACAUAACCAAGUCGGCGGGCAUAAUUACGAUUACCAGGUGAAGUGUGGGAGGCUCUUCUUCUACAAAAGGAAGGUUUUGAAGCCAGCAAAGCAGAAAAAGAACGACAAUCAAACCCCUACCCCUCUCUUGGGUUUUUUCGUUUUUCUGAAAUCAAUCCCCGCUUCUACUUCUCGAUCGAUGUCCUUGUGUUUUGGGUUCUGGGUGAUAUGAAUUUUACAGGGUAACACUUAUUUUACAGUUCGGUACCUGCGUUUGAUUGUCUGUUCGCUUAAUCGGAGCUAUUCGUUUGUGGGCAGAAGAACAGCUAAGCAGUUGUUAAGGUUGGACAAUUCGACAUCGGUCUGUGUCUCUGUCUCAGUGUCAAUCGGAAUGGAUAAAUUGAAAUCUGUUGUUCAUGAAAGUCUGAAGCUGAUGGUAGCAGAUAGCAGUCCUAAUGAUCUUCCUUCCACUUCUUCUUCACUUCUCAAAUUCUUUAGUGAUUUGCCCCAAUUCCACCAAAUGAUUAGAGACUUGUCAGAUCCUAAUAAUGCUCUCUGUGCGAAGAAUAAAGAUGCUGCUCUGGUAUCAAAGCAAAUGGGCAACGAGUGCUAUCUUUGUGAAGAUUACACCACAGCUCUGAGUUGUUACUCACAGGCACUGCGGCUUGCUCCAAUAGACGUUGAUGACAUGGGCAGAAAUCUGGUUGCAACUUUGUACAUGAACCGGGCUUCUUUGUUUCAGAAAAUAGGUCUUUUACAAGAGUGUCUGCGAGAUUGUAAUCGAGCUCUUCAAAUUUCUCCAAGGUAUGCAAAGGCUUGGUACAGGAGGGGUAAGGCUAAUGUUUCUUUGGGGAACUACAAAGAUGCCGUCAAUGACUUGAACAUUGCUAGGGAUACUGAGGUCUCAUCAGGUGGAAAAAGACGUAUAGAAAGUGAACUGAAAGAACUUGUUCACAAAUGUCGGGAAAUGAGCAAUAAAACAGUUGCACAUCAUGAAAAUUUGAUAUUUCUUGAUGAAGCAUGCCAAAUGAAAAUAAAGUGUGUCACAACACCUGAUAAAGGGAGGGGCAUGGUUUCAGAUUGUGAAAUUCCUCAAGCUUUCUUGGUCCAUAAGGAAGAACCAUAUGCCAUGAUAAUAUCCAAGGAUUAUCGAGAAACUCAUUGCCAUUACUGCCUUAAUGAGCUACCUGGAGAUACAGUGCCUUGCGCAUCAUGUUCAAUUGCAUUGUACUGCUCUCAACGUUGCCAAGAACGGGCUUUAGGACAAGCUUUCUGUGGUAUUACGAAGGACCUUGGCAAAUACAAAAAUGAUUCAGAUAGUGUUAAAGGGAUUGAAGACUAUAUUAGAGAAAUUACUUUAUGCAGUGAUUCAAAAGCAGAUGUGGAGUACUUUCCUGAGCAUAAACAUGAAUGUAGAGGAGUGAACUGGCCUACGGUGUUACCAGCUGAUAUAGUUUUGGCUGCUCGAGUACUAGUAAAGUCUACAUUGCAAGGAAGAGGUUAUGUUGAGGACCUUUCUCACAAUUAUUUACAAAUUCCUUCAGAAAGCAAAUUAGAGGUGUAUAUAUUUUCAAUUGUAUUGUUAUACUGUCUUCAACACUCUGAUGGGCUUGAACUUCCGAUUAAUGGGGCCUCCAUAUCGCAGGCUGUCAUAAUUAUUUCUCAAAUCAGAGUGAAUUCCAUGGCAGUUGUCCGCAUGAAAUCUGUUGAUAGUUAUGGUCUGGCAGGUGAACUUGGAAAACAUCCAUCUAAUGUGGGUGCUUUAACUAGCACGUUGGAGCAGGUUAGAGUUGGACAAGCUAUUUAUGCAGCUGCCAGUUUGUUCAACCAUUCUUGCAAGCCAAAUGUCCAUGCAUAUUUCCUUUCACGGACAUUAUUUAUAAGAACAACCGAGUUUGUGGCUGCUGGUUGUCCCCUGGAGUUGUCCUAUGGUCCACAGAUUGGGCAGUUUCAAUGUAAUGAUCGCCUUAAAAUUUUGGUUGAGAAGUACUCUUUCCGAUGCCAAUGCCGCAGCUGCUCGGCAGUCAACAUUUCUGACCUUGUUAUAGAUGCUUUUCAUUGCACAAAUCUUACUUGUCCUGGUGUAGUUUUAGACGGUUGUGUGCUCAACUGCGAAAACGAGAAACUGAAGAACUUUCGGAAACUUGACAGUGGAAGCUGCUUGGAUGCGCAUUUGCAGGUUAUUGAAACCAAAGAUUUUGAUAUCAGUGACGUGGCACAUUGUGCUCCUGACGUAGGCAAAAGAUUCCUUUGUAUUGAUCCCGGAUAUUGUUUGAAGUGCGGCUGUCAUCGUGAUAUUGAAUCUUCAUGUGCAGCUUCAAACCUAGCUUGGAAAUACAUUAGAAGCUUGCAGGAUGCAUUAAUUUCAAGAGAAAUUUCACAUACUACACUUGCUGAUGCCUCAAAGUCUCUUGUUAAGUUGAGAUCAAUAUUGCAUGCAUAUAACAAGGGCAUUGCAGAAGCAGAGGACGCGCUUGCACAAGCAUUUUGUCUGCUAGGCGACUUACAAUCUGCGAAUGAGCAUUGUAAAGCAUCAAUUAAGAUACUCGAAGUAUUGUAUGGUUCUCAGCACAUUGUCAUUGGAUAUGAACUGGUGAAGCUGGUGUCCAUUCAGCUUUCAGUGAAUGAUUAUUCUACCUUGGAUAGUAUAAACAGGCUGAGAGCCAUAUUUUCGCUGUAUUAUGGCUUACAUGCUGACAUAAUGUUCCCAUACCUGCAAUCACUUAAAAGAGAUGCUUGCAAGCUCUUGCAGUAAAAGGUUGAUUCAUUCUUAUAUUCUAGGUGAACAAUAUCAUCUCCCAUCUCUUCUUCAUCUUUCCAUCUUUCUGUCUUAAUAUGUAAAUUGGCAUAGUCUUCUUUUAGGGCUUGCAUAUUGAUGCUUUGUAAAAUAUAUUAUUAUUUAACCUCUCUGUCUGAACCUUACCGCUCUCUCUGAUGACAGCAAAUUUGUUGGUGAAUUGACCAGUUCAUUAAUUUUAUUUUUAAAAAAAAAUUGGCCGAAA